AUGAAUAAAAUGGAUGAUAAUCAUCGAUAUCAUCCAUAUUAUCGAACAAAGAAUUAUAAUAAUGAUAAACGACAUGAUCAUGAUGAUAAACGAUAUGAUCAUGAUUAUAAACGUCAAUAUAAGAAAACUAAUAAACAUCAUCAUCAAUAUUCAACAUCAAGACGUGAUAGUAGAAAUUACAAUGAUCUUUCUUAUCGACGUUCACAUAGAAAUGAUUAUCAUUAUCAAAAUCAACAAUCAAAAUCGAGAUCUCAUACUUAUUUUUCUACACCACCUCAACCAUUAAUGUCCUCUCAACAACAUCCCUUACUUCCUUCUCCGCCACUUCCACCUCCACCUCCACCUCCACUUCCAUCAUCACUUACAGUUGUACCACAUGAACGUGAGUCAUGGAUUCGUUCAGUAAAAAAAACUAAAACAAAUGAAAGUAUUGAACAAAAAACACAAUAUCUAGAAACAAUGCUUCGCAUGCCACAGCAACAAAAAUCUCUAUUAAAUUCAUCAAAAUUUGAUCGAAUGCGUUUUGCUGAUAAACAAUUACCGAUCAUAUCAACUACAACUAAUAAUGAUAAUCUAGAUAAUAGUUCUUUUCAUUUAGUUGCUGAUAUUAAUAAUCAUGAUGAAAUUUUUACAAUAGAAAAAUUUUUAUUUGGCAAUGAACUUAAACAACAAACGAAAAUAGAUGAUAAAUGUUCAAAUCAUGAAUCAUUACCAACACCACCACCAUCCAUCAUCGAAUGUGACUCAACUUCACAAAAAGACCUACAAUCUGCACCAUGUUCAGGUUUUCUUAUCGAGAAUUGUGAUGAAGAAGAGCUGCCUCCAGUAUCUACUCCACCUCGACCUCCUCUUCCUCCUCUCAAUGAUGAAUUAAUAGAACAGAAUGAUGAAGAUAAUAAUGAACGACGUGUUAUGUUAGUUAGUGAACUUGAUGCUGCCGAUGCUGAACGAAAACAAGAAUUAAAACGUCAAAAACGAUUGCAUAAAAAAUUACAAAAGAAAAAGAAAGAAACUAAACAAUUAACAAUGAAGACGGAACAAGAACAAGAACAAGAACAACAAACAAUCUCAACGGUUAAUAAUCAAGAACAAGAAUUAUCAUCUGAUUGGAUUACUGAAUACGACAUUAAUGGAAACAAUCAAAUUUUACAAUUAACGGAUGAAGUUCGAAGGACAUCAAUAACGAUGACUGAUGAAGAUAAAGCAGCGAAAGUUAAUAUGAUUUUAAUGAAAAUAAAAAAACAACAAGAAGAAUUAAGAAAAUUAAGACAAUAUGUUAUGUCUAUGUUAGGUGAAGAACAAAAAUCACGAUCAUCAAAAGUUCAACGACAAAAUUGUACAAUAGAUCAUGAUUUACUAAUGGCUUUUAUUAAUCAACCAAUAAAAUCUGGUUGUUGGUUAUGCUCAGGAAAAACGUAUGCAGAAGUAGGCAUUCAAUGUGAUCAUGUUAAUGAACAGUAG